AUGUCUCUUUCACAAUUCACACCAGUUGAUUGUCAGAAGUAUUAUGUGAUUUCAUCAAAUAGUAAUAAAAGUACAGAACCAAGAACAGAGAGAGAUGAAAGUACUAAACCAAACAUAAUUAAAGAACGUAAAUACAAAAAGAAACGAUGGGAUCCUCAGUUAAAAAUUAAAGCUAUAAAGAAAGCAGAAGAAUUAGGAUUAACACAUGCAACAAAUCAUCUUCAAAAAACAUAUCCAGAAUUAUAUUCAGAUUUAUGUCCAAGUACACUACAAUAUUGGGUUCAACAAUCAAAUAUAAUAAAAAAGAAAAUCAUAACGGCUUAA